AUGUACAGGGACGUUGAGUUGAUAGAAAACGGCCUCCCACUGAACCUACUGCUUCAUUUACACCCAAUGUCUGGCUUUAAACUCAUUCUUGUCAUCGGUGCCACCGGUGCUCAGGGCAUGGCGGUCAUCGAUGCCUUGAUUGCACCAGCUUCAGACGGCUCACCUUCUCCCUACAGAGUUCGCGCUUUGACUAGAGACCCAUCCAGCACCCGCGCUCAAAAGCUCGUUGCCAAGGGUGUCGAAUACAUCCAAGGCACCUUCGACAGCCUCCAAACGGUAGCCGCCGCCUUCGAAGGUGUAUACGGUGCGUGGGUGAAUACCGACGGAUUCACCGUUAGCGAACAGAAGGAGAUUUACGCUGGACUCAAAAUAUUCGAAAUCGCUAAACGUACAUCCUCAAUGCGCCACUACGUGUGGAGCAACUUGGAUUACGGCUCCAAGAAAUCAGGAUAUAGCCCUGAACAUAGAUGUGAACACUACGACGGGAAAGGUCGCGUCGCAGAGUUCAUGAAACAGCAAGAUUCAGUUCCGUCUGGGAUGGCCUGGACGAUCGUGACGAGCGGGCCGUACUUUGAGCUUCUUAACACAUUCUGUGGCCCAUUCCACAGACGUCCGGACGGGACGUUCGUCUUUGCAGCAAUCAUACAGGAUGGCCAUGUACCAUUCAUUGCCCUAUCCGAUCUGGGCUGGUGGGCUCGUUACACCUUCGAUCAUCGCCCCGAAACGUCUGGAAAGGAUCUAGAAGUCGCGGGUGAUAUGGUAGGAUGGGAUUAUCUCGUCAAGACAUUCACCGAAGUCACUGGGUAUCCAGCCGUACAUAAACGCCAAACUCAAGACGAAUGGUGGCUCAAUUGGAAGGAUGUGGACAAGCCUGUGGCCAACGAGCGUGGUGCUAUUCCCGAUGGGUCAACCUCUGGAAAGGAGAAUUUCUCUGCUUUCUGGAGUUUGUUUCGAGACGACAUCAUCAAAAGGGACUUGGGCUGGAUAAGAACUAUUCAUCCAACGGGACAAACGUUGGGGAGUUGGAUGAGAGAACAGAACUACCAGGGCACCCGUUGGCUUGUGAAGACACGAGGGCCAGUCCUCAAGAACGAAGAGGACGGAAAGAGCUUCUUCACACCGAAUCUUGAGGCGAUGGCGCAGCUAUGA